CUUUAUGCAGUGAAACGUGCCUGAUGCUACCCCGAACGUGUAUAACUCUUUUGUUUUUGUCGCUGCUGUCGGCUGCUGCCUCAGUAGACGGUGGAACCAAUAGUGUCUCCGGCACUGUGAAACCUCCACCAGUUGGAACCGUCAGUAGCUUCCCUGGACAGAAGGGGCGCGCACCUGACAGGAAACGUCCAGCCAGCGCGCAAGGUCAGGGAAUGCAGUUCCGCCGACCAACACGGAAGCCAGCGAAACAGCGGCCUGCCAGAAGACCGCAGCGCAGACCAGUCCAGCAGACACAGGGCAACACGCAGGACAUUAAUGGCAACCAGGCGUCCGACCCCUGGCAGACUCCUACCUACCUCGUUUGCUAUCUGUACCCUGCCUCCCCAGUCUACCUGGAUAUCAGUCCAAAUCAACCAUUUGCCGCCACUAACAACGGAGCUAUGUAUCCGCCAUACAUUGGUUACAAAAUCUCUGCACCAACGAAUGCGGGAAGCGGCGCAUCUGACGAUUCGGUGAAUAAGAUGUUUCUGCCGCAAAUGGGGUACCCUAGCCCACUUUAUCCAUUAAAACUAGUAUGUCCGCUUCAGCAAUCUGUGAGCGCGUACGAUGCAGUUUCACCACUGCCAGUUACACAAUAUGUUGACAAUGAUUCAGACAACACGCCGGCUACUAAUGAUCCUAAUGCAUUUGUUGUGGAUACAGAUGCUGGAAUGUUCUAUUAUCCUUACGAUGGGGAAUCCCCAAUGCCCUACGAUAAUGUCUUUGGACCAUCGGGGCUUGCACCAGAGAAUGACUGUCAACAGCGUCAAAAUACUUUGAGAAAUGCAUGGUACACACUAUGCUGUCUUACAGUACAUUUAUUCACAAACAUUUUCGAUCAUGGACCGUCUCCGCAGUGGAAAAAACAUCUACUGCGAGAACUUCACAUUGCAUACAUGCUAUUUAACCACGAAAGUGUGUGCCGUUGCUGACGUGAAAAUGUAAGAAAAUUCGUGCUUAACUCCGUAAUACAGGCUUAACCAAACAGAAAACAGCGUUGAAAACACGAAAACAAUGGUAGAGCAGUAAGUCCACAGCAGGUUACGCCUGAGCAAUGCUUUACUUACUGCUCUUACAUGUUUUGAAGUUUUCAACACUGUUUUCUGCUUGCUUAAGCCUGUAUUAUGGCAUUAAGCGUCAACUUUCUUACGUUUUCAAAUCAGCAAUGGCGAAUACAUUCCUGGUUAAACAGCAUGUAUACCAUGUGAAUUUGUCACAGCAGAUAUUUUUCCACUGUGUGAGAUCAAAACCGGUACUGGAUAAAUGUAUUGUAAGGCAGCACAGUCUGUAUCACGCAUUUCUCCAAGUAAUUUCUGAUGCUGCACACACUCGUUAUGGAUACAUUCAUGGGUGAACACACAUAAGACAAUCUUCAAAACUAUCAAGAAACAUUUACAAUGCGGUGUGAUUAGUUUAAGGAAGUCAUAAUCCUCUGUUUUCUGUUCUGUAUUUCACUAUUUAGCAGUUAUCUAACUUCACCGCUUCGGCCACUAUCGAGCUACAUAACAAUAAAAAUUUUAUUCGUACAGCUUUUUAUAUUCUACGUAUCAGUGUGGCGGAAACCAACAUGUGAUGGCGUCUCUAAUAAGUCACUCACACAACCAUGGUGCUGUUGGGCACAAAUAUUCCAGAUGUGAAGUCCAAAUACAAGAUGGAAAAAGAGCAGCCCUUUUGCUGAUUUUGUUACUGUACCACCACAUGUUACUUCCGCUCAGCAAUGAUGUAGGGAAUAUAACAAGCUGUAGGAAAAUCGAUUUUUAUUAUGAUGUCGGUUGAUAAUGCCCAAGGAGUCGAAAUUAGCAGAUUACUACAUAAUAACAUAAAAUGUUUAUUAUAAAAUAAAAAACAGAAAAUGUUUAAAUUUAAGAAAUUUACAGAGGUUGUAACAAAGACCAUUGAUAUGAUUCGUUUUAUCGGAACAUUUACACUGAGUAUGUCGUGAGCUGCAUCUGAUUAUUCCGAGAGGCUUAAACAAAUUUAACUAAGCUUAAAUGCCUUCUCAAAAUGGUAGCGACUCUUUCACACAAGGAUAGGAAGUAUAUUUUUUUCAUUUAAUGUGCCAUGUAAAAUCCAAUUUGAUGUAAAUAAACUGGGAGAGCAUCGCCGUGCUUUAUUUCUACUCAGCUGCACAGCACUAUGCGCCUGUUGGUGAUUAUUCUUAGUUCUUUCAAGCAUCAGCUCUCUUUGUGAUAAACUAACCGCAACGAACAUUAGGACGGAGAAACUGUAACGUUUCAAGAAAUAUCUCUACUAUUAAUUUUUUGGUAGGGGUAUUUGCAGACACAUAUAUUCCAGAAUUUUUUCGUGGGCUUCCACAUCCUCCAUAAUGUCUGUGCUGUUAGCUAAUUUUGACUAUUGGACAUUCUCAAGCGUCUGAAAUACAUCCAUAAAAUGUUGACCUUGGCUUGCACAUUACAAUUGUAUGUGUGGUGUCUGUUCUUUCGGAUACGUUCGAAAGCAUAGGCUGCGCAUUGUCAUGAUUCCGCGCCCGUAUGUUUACGUCCUGGAAGAGAAAUACCGACGUCGGCUGCAUUAAGGUAUUGAAAUAAUCCAAUGGCGACAAGUGAUAAUUAGUGUCAGAACGGUAAUAGAACAAAAAAUUUCGCGCUUUAUGCGUCCAAUUGCUUUAACGCUUUGGCCAUCCGAGUACGUUUCACGUGCAACCCAAAUUUCCAACUUGUCAAACACUGCUUCUGUGGCGCCCCUCUGGCCAUUUUCUUCAUUGCUCGCAGCAUCGCGCAUGAUUUCCGUAGAACGUACAUCCGCACUGAAGAUUUCAUGAAGUACCGUCAAGGCUUCAUUAUAUAUAUGGUAUCAGGUCUUUCCCUACCUUUAUUCACCGAGCGAGGUGGCGCAGUGGUUAGCACACUGGACUCGCAUCCUGAUUUAGGUUUUCCGUGAUUUCCCUAAGUCUCUUCAGGCAAAUGCACAGCCACCUUCCCCAUCCUUCCCUUAUCCGAUGAGAAUGAUGGCCUUGCUGCCUAGUCUCCUCCCCAAAUCAAGCGAACCCUCAGCCCUACCUUUCUUCAUAUACAGAAGGACACAUGGGGCCCUAAAUGUCGAGUAAUAACCGGAAAGUGGAUGACAAACGUUGAACACGGGACGUCAUAUCGUCGCACAUGUACUGGCUGCGCUCUCCGAUCCUACCGUCGCCGGUAUGGGGCACAUUGCGCAAUGCAGUACUUUCAUUCAGUGUGCGCUGAUAUGACACUCCCUGGCAGAUUAAAACUGUGUGCCGACCGAGACUCGAACUCGGAUCCUUUGCUCUUCGCGGGCAAGCGCACUGAAAUUUGGAAAGCAGGAGACGAGGUACUGGCAGAAUUGAAGCUGUGGGGAGGGGUCGUGAGUCGUGCUUGGGUAGCUCAGAGCGCUUGCCCGCGAAAGGCAAAGGUCCCGAGUUCGAGUCUCGGUCCGGCAUACAGUUUUAAUCUGCCUGGAAGUUUCAUCUUUUGUAAAAGUGAUGUUUUGUAAGAGCAGAGUCACAGAAUUAUUAUCCUUGCUGUAACAAAGCAAAAGCUGUUCUUAUUUUGUGUUUCUUUCCUAUUCACGCUUCUUUUCUUGUUUACAUCUUUAGUACACACAACGCAGGCUAUUAACUGGUAACGACGCUUGCACUGAUUUACUUGUGACGCAGUACGGUAACUUUUGUUGUACUGUACUUUACAAUAUACCAGUGGAGACCGCGAUAUCGCUAUAUAAAAUAAUGUUACCACAAUGUAAACACAUAAUCGUCUGACGCAAUGAAAAACAGUACUGCUUGCCAGACGCAUGACUCGAACCCUUGAACUCAAAAUUGUACACGUAAGCCCGUAGCCACGCCGACUUGAAUUCUUGAAUUGGUUAGGGAAUAUAUAUAUACAUAGUGCAGCGAGGCAUGUCAUCUGGUGACGUCACAUGUUCAACAUUCGUCAUCCACAUUGAGCUUUUCUCAACAUUUGUGUCUUAUAUUAAAUUACUUGUCUCAACGUCACCUACGUCGCUUUGGGGGUCCUUAAACAUCAAUAAGAAUCACUCUGUAUGUAUGGAAAAAAAUUUAAAUUAAAAAUUAAAAUUAAAAGUAAAUGAAAAAUGUACAACAUGACUACACGCCAUUUACGCUUUUAGAACUUAAGUUAUUUUGCUUCAUACCACAACAGAAGAGGUAUACAGACAUUGUAUGUAUUUAUGUAUAUAGUCUGUCACCGUAUUUUAACACACUACUUUGUUUAUGUACCUUUAAAUUCUUUUAAAAAUCGUCAGUCUUUGUUAAUAGUUUACUAGUUUCUAUUUCAUUUUAUGCACCGACUGGUGUGGCCCACUAGGGAGUCUGGCAUAAUCUCUAAUUUGUCUAACUUGUUGCUGCAAGUCCCAAUUUUACAUCUAACGUAACACACGAUGUAUGAUCUUCGGAUUUGAAAUUGUUAAAAGUGCAAGAUUUAUAAGCUUUUAAGUUAACCUGGUUUCUUUGCAACUAUAGGUACUGCUACAAUAGUGUACCACAUCAUGCAACAAUUUGUGUGUUUCAUACACGUAGUUCCGAAAAAUCUGCUUUUUCCUUCACAUGAUACCAGACGGCUUCAACAUUUGUGCUGUAAUAUGCCAAUAGAUAACUGGGGCAAAUAUGUAGCCCUAAUUGAGGGUGCUAAGUACUGGCAUGGUUUAAUCCACCUUUACUUCCUCUUCUUUACAUCUGGCGUACAUACUGUGAAAAUGAAACAAGCUGAUCAGCAUAAACCGGUGAGUAAGUUUUCAGACAGUAGUACGGUAAUAAAUGUUUAGAAAUUUUUGUAACUUUGAAAUUGUUAAAUCUUUUUGUAUACGGUUGUGUACUGAUAUGUAUAUACGACAUUCAGGCAGAUAAGAUUCCACAAUGUUUGCAUUAUAUCACCAAUCUUGGGUAAUAGAGAAAUUGUCCCCUUUUCAUACAUAAUCUGUUACUAUUUUUAAUAUAACACGUAAUGUAUAAAUCUUCAAUACUUUUAAAUGUCCAGUUGCAUACUGCUAAUGUAUCACUAAUGUUUUAUUUUGUACAUCGUAUGGCAUGGCCCAGUGGGAGAUCCGGCGUAAUUUUCUGUAUUUCUUACUUGGUACUGCAAAUUCCAACACUACAUUUAACAUGAAACAUGAUGUAUAAGUUUAGAUUUUUUACUUUUAAUAAGAUACAAACUAUGUUCUUCAGCACCCUUUGAACGGUUGCUGCUGCUUCAGAAAUGUAUACGUUGCUCAGAAAUUAUGUCGUGCGUUUUAUCCAGAUAAUGCCGAUAAAACUUUUGUUCACCUCACAUGAUACUGGAAAUACUAUACCUACUGCAUCCUAUAAGUAGCAAAUAAGUUUACCAACACAGUCUCUAGCAGACACCUUCGCAACCUUUAAUAUAUAACGAGUAUAAUUUGCUUACA